AUGCAUGCUAGAAUGGCUGCUGCAGGUGCCUCCUGUAGUGAGCAAAAAGCUGUAGCCAGAUCCCCAUCAUCCCUCCGCGGACAACUCGAGGGCCGUAAUCGGCAGCUGCAGGAGGAGAAUGGGGCAGCUGACCAGCUCUCUGAACAGAAUGACGCUUCCCUCACAGCAGUAGAGCAGAACCGGCAGCAAGCUCCUGCAGGCAAGUUGAAGAAAACGGCCUUCAAGCUCUUCGGUGGGAAGAGAAGCAUCUGUACAUUACCAAGCUUCUUUGGAGGGAAAAACAAAGGCCACGGGAAGGGAACCUCUAAGAAGGGCCUGAGCAAAAGUAAAACUCACGAUGGCCUCAGUGAUGUUGGAUGUGAAGAUGCUGGUGGAGGGCGCCUCAGGAGCCCCUCAGAUGGUGGAACGGACUUCCGUUCUCCCCAGCUGCCGAGCUCUCAAAGUGCUCUUCUGGCAACAGAUGCUGGCCUUCAGGUUGGUUUUGUUGGUCGGUCAACUUCUCUGUGUGGGAGUUCUGAAGGCUUUGAGAAGAAGCCCAGUGGAGACAAAUCUUUGUUCCUCCCACGGCCUAAAAAGGGGCUGAAGGGGCUAUUCAACAGUAUUCGGCGCCAUCGGAAGAGCAAAGCUAAUGAACCUGAGAAGACUGAGCUGCAAGAGUGGACUUCUAGAGGAGCUGUGACUGAAGAGCAAGUCCAAGGAAAUAAGAGGGUGGGUGUUGAAACUGAGCAGGCUUCAGAGAAGACACAUCUAAAAAGCGUGGUGCUUCCGCCAGAGCAUGGGGAGAACCUUCAUAAUCAAGGUGCUUCUGAAAUAAAGGCCAGCCUUGGUGAAUCUCAAGAGAUGUACCAGCUGGUAGCUAAUGAAAACAAUUCUGAUGGGAAUGCAGCCAUUGGGAUUGCAAGCUGUGAAGAUUCUCCAGAUGUAGAAUUGGAGGUGGGUGACGCCCUCUGUGUAAGCUCUACCUAUGAUGGCCUUCCAGAUGUUCUCCAGACAGAGUACUUAGACAGUGAUCCUCCCUCUGUCCCUUCUGGGGACCAGCUUAGUUUGAUGUUUGGAGAUGUGACUUCCCUUAAAAGCUUUGACUCUUUCACUGGCUGUGGAGACAUUAUUGCUGAGCCAGAUAUUGACAGUAUCACCGAGACCUCUGCUUCUGCAGGGCGUAGUAGAGAAGCCACCAAAAGAAGUUCCUGCCUUGUUACUUAUCAGGGUGGAGGGGAAGAGAUGGCCGUUCCUGAUGAUAUAGAGGAGUAUCUCCAGCAAAUGUGGGAAGGUGCUGUCAAAGUGGAUGCCACCACUUAUGAAACCCCUGUACCCGAGAUCAUGACAGAUGGUGAACUCCAAGGAGUGAACAGUGGCAAGCAGGGUCCUCAGCUCUAUGCCGAAGGCACAAGGAAUGACAUGGAUCUCCUCACUCCACACAGUGACCAACAAGAAUCUGCUCCCAAUAGUGAUGAGGGUUACUAUGAUUCAACCACCCCAGGUCCUGAGGAUGAAGCUGGAGAUGAAGAAAUCAAGAAGGAUCGCCUUCCGAGGGAUAGCUAUAGCGGUGAUGCUCUUUAUGAAUUUUAUGAGCUAGAUGAUGCACUCAUGAGUCCCUCACAUGGGAACGAGUCCUGGUUUGACAGGAAAGCUUCCCCCUCAGAGACCUUCAGCCAGUUCUUGGACUUUACUGUCCCUGCGGAGAAGAGUUUGGUCCGGAAGAUGGGACAGAAGAGUGACGUGAUGGAGACUGAGGAGGAAAGGCUGGCUGCCAUUCAGAAGCAACUUCUGUAUUGGGAGAUGCAGCGAGAGCCUGUUUUGAAACACCUGGAUAUGCUCAGCAAGGAACAGCAUCCCAGGGAAAAGGAAUGUAGUGAAUGUAAAACAAGAAUGGCCAGCUUAAUUGGCAAAUGUCCAAGUUGCCUUGGUUGUGAGCAAGGUGCCCCUCAUGCUCUGAGCAGGAGCCUCAACACCGGCCUCUCAGCUGAAAACCAAGACUGGAGGGACUUGAAAGGGAUGCUGUACCCAGAAAAGUGCUCUAAUGGCAGUUGUGGCCCCAAAGCACAUGGCAGUUGCCUUACUGAGUUUGUGGGAAAUGGCGUUGUGUUGGAUUCCAAUUUGGAGCAUGCGGUCCUUGAUUCAUAUGCUUUGAACGGCUUGGCCUUGGAAAAAUCUGUGACCUACCCUUUCUACAAAACACAUGGCCGCCACAGUUGCCCGCCAAGUGAGCAUCACAGCGGACCUGGCUUUCGAGAGUCCCGCACAGAAAGCAAAUGUGAACCAGAGCAGGCUGUGAACUUCUCUCAAGCGUUGGUGGAAUUCACUAGCAGUGGGACUCUCUUCUCCAGCCUCUCUGAAAGCCUUGGGAGCUCAGAUUCGGGCUCUGCGUUCACUCAAAACCUUCCUGCCCUCCCCACCAUGGUCACGUUUGAUAUCGUCGAUGUUGAACAGGAAGGUGAAGGAGAGUGUGAGCAGCACUUGGAAAUGAACACAGACGAAGAUAUCACCGCAUCUUUUGAGGCCUUCGAUGAUAGCUAUGUCCCGAAAGAAUCCUUCGCUGAAUGUGACGAGAGAAUGUUUCCUGGGUAUCCACAGAGCUCUUUCCAAAGCUGUAACUGGGGCGUUGCCAGCCUUCCCCGUUGUCUUCGACUUCAGGAGUUGAGCCCACCCAUGCCAGAGCCGUUGUCCGUCUGUAGGAGAAGCCGGUCCCUAGACACUGAGAGUCUGGAGUUUGAGCUUGGAAGUUCUCAGCCGUCCAAGAAUGGCUUGAAGCUUUGUGAGCUUUGGUCUAAAUGGAGUGGCUGCAAAAAGAACCCUGUUGCUCCCGGACUGAGCCCUGGCCAGAAGAACUCUCCAAGUUCUGCAGAAGAAAGAGAAGGCAAUGGCACCCUUCCUCGGCCAGGUCUACAGAAUGUACCCUGCCGUGAGGAUACGUUUUCUUCUCAAGAGGCAAAACGGUGGGGCUGUGAUCUGAAUGCACCACCCCUCCAGAGCACACAGGGUGCAUUGGAACUGCCAGACUCAGAGCUGCCUUUCAUGUUCAUGGUGAAGAACUCUGUGAAGGAGAUUGCCAGGAGACCUCAGCAUGAUGGGACCAAUAACCCAGUGCAUCAGGUGUCAAGACUGAUGGCCAGGCCUUCCAAUCUCCCUUUGCAGACUCCAGUUGAGUCCCAAGAAGUAUCUGCUGCCUCUCGCAGGCAUUGUGGAGACAACGCAACUAAAAAGCUGGCUUGGGUGCUUCCUUUGGGAGAUUACGGUGCUGACUUGCCUUCCAGCUUGGCCUUCCCCUCUUCCCCUGCCAAUCCAGCAAUGAGUACGCCUGUGGACAUGAGGGAAGGAGGGCCCCAGCUUCGCUGCAGCAAUGGCGAGGCCUUCGAGGGUGAGACUGAGCAUUGUGGGAGCUCUGAAGCCGACCUGCUGAAAGGGAGAGCCGCAUGUUGGAAUGCGCCCUCGGCUGGUCAUCAGAAAGUCACAGUGAAUGUAUCGGUAGCCAAAUAG